AUGGCUGUCCCUAUAGAUCCACAGAGGAUAGUUGGCGGUGAGCUGACUACAGUAAAUGAGUACCCGACUAUAGUAGCCCUGCUUUACUCCUACUUUGGGACGAACUUUGGACAGUCUUGUGGAGGCACUAUCCUUACCAACAGAGCGAUUCUUACUGCGGGCCACUGUCCUUCGGGUGACACUACCGUACGAUGGCGAGUACGAGUAGGUUCCAGCUUUGCAAACAGAGGCGGCAUCGUCCACACCCUGGCUUCCAUCACAGUGCAUCCUAAGUACAACUCUAGGACCAUUGAUAAUGAUGUGGCUAUCCUUCGCACUGCCAGUAUUAUCGCAUUUGGGGAAGUCGUCCAACCUGCUCCUAUAGCCGGCCCCAACUAUAUCCUCGCCGACAACGAGGUCGUGUGGGCUGCUGGAUGGGGCACUACCGCCUCCGGUGGAGUAUCUUCAGAGCAACUACGUCACGUACAGUUAUGGUCUAUCAACUACGAGAUCUGUAAGUCUCGGUACGCGGGGCGCGGUACUACCGUCACGGACAACAUGUUGUGCUCCGGCUGGCUCGACGUCGGCGGUCGCGACCAGUGCCAGGGAGACUCCGGCGGUCCUCUCUACCACAACGGCGUCGUUGUUGGUGUCUGCUCGUGGGGCGCCGGCUGUGCCAGCCCAAAGUAUCCAGGAGUCAACACACGAGUUUCCCGUUUUACAUCUUGGAUACAAACUACUGUUAAUUAAAAACUGACAAAUUCA